UGUCAGGCCAGUUUCCGGGCCCGCCAUGAUGUUCAGAAGACAACGAGGAGCAACGGAAAGACCGUCGAAAUGGAUUUUAUGGAUUUAAACACCGAAAAUUAUAGUUUGGAAGGAGAUAAUUACCGUCGUUUUGGAAAAGAGCUUAAGCUAACUGGUUAUUAAAGUGGUUAAUUCCAGUGGCCAUUUGCUAACCAGUUAGCUCGCUACCCAAGUACUGUAAGCUAACGUUAGCUGCGGCUAUUGUUUUUGUUUUGAGUGGUAGGUACACAGACCCAAGGCCGCAGAUUUCCUUGUUUCAUAAUUUCAUCGUAGGUCAUACAAGGAUGAACAUCCUUACUGUGUGGACUGCAACUCCGAAAAGGAUCGUUUGAGGACUUAUUUUUGGUCGUUUUGAUUUCAGUUUCCGGACCCGAUAGAAGAUUUUGGACGGCGCCGUUUACGGGCGGAAGAGCGAAGCUUGCGGCCUCCCAUGGACUCCUAACCGCGAACUCGGGUGCCUCGCUGGCUCUCUGUGCCUCGCUGCUUUCAGCAGCUACAAGGCCCGGUUUUCGCGAGAGAGACUCCACCGACUGUAUUAACCGUGAAAACCGUAAUGGACACCUUCUGGAACUGUACUUUUCUUGUGGUUUUACCGGACUCUUAACGAACUGACCGGGUUAUAGACGCUUUUGUCCCAGCCUUUCACUACUAGUAGCUUGGGUGUCUUUGUGACGUAUACAGCUACAAGGACUAUCUGUGAAUACUUCCUCGUAGUUCAUUGACUGUUUUCCCUUCGAUAUUAUCAACUUGUGAAAUAGAUGGUUGACUCUGACCGUCAGAUCUUAGACUAAAACUGAUAGCUUUCCCUUCAGUCUCAAGAGUAUAUCUAGUACUGGUUAUUGUUAUUCUUAACUAACUUGUUUGUUCCCCCCCCCCUGUCUUGAGUUUGAUUUAAGUGAUAGUUGUGAGAAUGUCGUGUGUUCAUUAUAAGUUCUCGUCCAAACUGGACUACAACACCGUGACCUUCGACGGGCUGCACAUCACCCUGGCCGAGCUCAAACGGCAGAUCAUGGGCAGAGAGCGCCUCAAAGCCACCGACUGUGACCUACAGAUCACCAACGCACAGACCCGUGAAGGUAAGAACUAGGGCCAAGCGCGCCCCCCUCCGGCAGUCUGAAGUAGGACAGGUUGUGUUCUACAAUGAGCUGAUGCCCGUGUUUAGUCAGUGAUGCCUUUGUCAGGAUUCUCAAUGAUUCUAUGCAGUUCUAUGGUGUGUACUUGGCGAUAUGGCCAACAUAUCAUAACACGGUAUUUCAUUUUUCUUGGAUUGUAUUACUGUAUUUUAUGUUUUUUUAAUAAUAUACAUUUGCUUUCUGAGUUUGUGACCCUAGGGUGGUCUUUCUCCCUUCUGAUUUGUUUUUAUACUGUUCAAUUCAACUUCAACCAAAAAUAAUUUUCAGCAUUUUCAUAAAUGUCUGUAUUUCCUGCACUAAUUUGAGAUCAUUUCCACACUGCCAUGUAGGCCCGCACGAUGUGGGCAAACAACCUAGGCAUUAUUUUUAACAAAAUGUUGCAAUUGCAAUUUGACUUGCGAUUUAGAGCAAAAACACUUGGAUGAACUGUUGGAAUCAAGGAAAUAGAAUGUUUAUUCAAAUUCUAUAGAUAAUAGUGGGCACUUUGAAUACAGUGUUUGACAUGACAACGAAAUGAAAAUGCCAGGGAGGAGUUGUGACAGGGUAGGAACCAAAGUGUUGAUAAGUGUUUCUAGGGGACCCUAUAAUCUUUGGCUACAUUUUUAAUGUUUUUCUCUUAGAUACUUAAUGUAGCUAACAUAUUCUUGCUUUGCGUAUUCCUCUUUGAUUUAGAAGACACUGUUGUACAAACAACAUGCUGAUUUAGCUCUACACCCUCACUGGUAUUAUGAGGCUGUAUAACUAAUUACGUUUGCUAUGACUCAGUACAUUUAUUAGCCAGCUAACACGCGAUUAGCAUUAGCGGCUAACAACAUUUGGGCCCGUACUUGCUAAGAGAAGCUAGCUGUUUUCAGAUGUAAGAAACACUUAACUAAUAGUGUAAUUAUAGAACGCCAGUGGAUUUAUAUUAAAGUAGCAAAGUGGAAACGGCAUUUGUUGUCAUCAAUAAUAAUAAUAAUAAUAUGCCAUUUAGCAGACACUUUUAUCCAAAGCGACUUACAGUCAUGCGUGCAUACAUUAUUUGUGUAUGGGUGGUCCCGGGGAUCGAACCCACUACCUUGGCGUUACAAGCGCCGUGCUCUACCAGCUGAGCUACAGAGGACAUCAACAUUGUUGCAUGUGCUGCAUUGAUCAUGCUGACUGAACGCAAGUGUCUCGUGGUCGAGGAACAGGAAACAUUUUUUUUAUAUAUGUAUAAUCUCUAUGAACUCAUAGGGAGGAAAGAGACGUUGAGUCCAUUCUUUUUUAAGAGUUUAGCCUGGGUGACUUUACAUUGUGAAGAAAGAUCUGAAUGUAAGUGUUUUUUGUUUUGAUGAGGUCCACAUCCCCAAACACUAUGUAUUACUAAUUAUAUAUUAUAUUCCUUAUGGUUCUAUAGAGUACAGUACUGAUUAUAUAUAUACUGGGUACCUUGUGGUUCUAUAGAGUACAGUACUGCUUAUAUGUACUGGGUAUCUUGUGGUUCUAUAGAGUACAGUACUGAUUAUAUAUACUGGGUACCUUGUGGUUCUAUAGAGUACAUUAAUGAUGAUAUGCUGUGUACCUUGUGGUUCUAUAGAGUACAGUACUGAUUAUAUGUACUGGGUAUCUUGUGGUUCUAUCGAGUACAGUACUGAUUAUAUAUACUGGGUACCUUGUGGUUCUAUAGAGUACAUUAAUGAUGAUAUGCUGUGUACCUUGUGGUUCUAUAGAGUACAGUACUGAUUAUAUAUACUGGGUACCUUGUGGUUCUAUAGAGUACAGUACUGAUUAUAUAUACUGGGUACCUUGUGGUUCUAUAGAGUACAGUACUGAUUAUAUAUACUGGGUACCUUGUGGUUCUAUAGAGUACAGUACUGAUUAUAUAUACUGGGUACCUUGUGGUUCUAUAGAGUACAGUACUGAUAAUAUAUACUGGGUACCUUGUGGUUCUAUAGAGUACAGUACUGAUGAUAUAUACUGGGUACCUUGUGGUUCUAUAGAGUACAGUACUGCUUAUAUAUACUGGGUACCUUGUGGUUCUAUAGAGUACAGUACUGAUUAUAUAUUCUGGGUACCUUGUGGUUCUAUAGAGUACAGUACUGAUUAUAUAUACUGUGUACCUUGUGGUUCUAUAGAGUACAGUACUGAUUAUAUAUACUGGGUACCUUGUGGUUCUAUAGAGUACAGUACUGAUUAUAUAUAUACUGGGUACCUUGUGGUUCUAUAGAGUACAGUACUGAUGAUAUAUACUGGGUACCUUGUGGUUCUAUAGAGUACAGUACUGCUUAUAUAUACUGGGUACCUUGUGGUUCUAUAGAGUACAGUACUGAUUAUAUAUUCUGGGUACCUUGUGGUUCUAUAGAGUACAGUACUGAUUAUAUAUACUGUGUACCUUGUGGUUCUAUAGAGUACAGUACUGAUUAUAUAUACUGGGUACCUUGUGGUUCUAUAGAGUACAUUAAUGAUGAUAUGCUGUGUACCUUGUGGUUCUAUAGAGUACAGUACUGAUGAUAUAUGCUGGGUACCUUGUGGUUCUAUAGAGUACAGGAGUGAUUAUAUAUACUGGGUACCUUGUGGUUCUAUAGAGUACAGUACUGAUUAUAUAUACUGGGUACCUUGUGGUUCUAUAGAGUACAGUACUGAUUAUAUAUACUGGGUACCUUGUGGUUCUAUAGAGUACAUUAAUGAUGAUAUGCUGUGUACCUUUUGGUCCUUUAGAGUACAGUACUGAUUCUAUAUACUGGGUACCUUGUGGUUCUAUAGAGUACAGUACUGAUUCUAUAUACUGGGUACCUUGUGGUUCUAUAGAGUACAUUAAUGAUGAUAUAUACUGGGUACCUUGUGGUUCUAUAGAGUACAUUAAUGAUGAUAUGCUGUGUACCUUUUGGUCCUUUAGAGUACAGUACUGAUGAUAUAUACUGGGUACCUUGUGGUUCUAUAGAGUACAGUACUGAUUCUAUAUACUGGGUACCUUGUGGUUCUAUAGAGUACAGUACUGCUGAUAUAUACUGGGUACCUUGUGGUUCUAUAGAGUACAUUAAUGAUGAUAUGCUGUGUACCUUGUGGUUCUAUAGAGUACAGUACUGAUUAUAUAUACUGGGUACCUUGUGGUUAUAUAGAGUACAGUACUGAUUAUAUAUACAUGGUACCUUGUGGUUCUAUAGAGUACAGUACUGAUUAUAUAUACUGGGUACCUUGUGGUUCUAUAGAGUACAGUACUGAUUAUAUAUAUAUAUAUACUGGGUACCUUGUGGUUCUAUAGAGUACAGUACUGAUUAUAUAUACUGGGCACCUUGUGGUUCUAUAGAGUACAGUACUGAUUAUAUAUACUGGCUACCUUGUGGUUCUAUAGAGUACAGUACUGAUUAUAUAUACUGUGUACCUUGUGGUUCUAUAGAGUACAGUACUGAUUAUAUAUACUGGGUACCUUGUGGUUCUAUAGAGUACAGUACUGAUUAUAUAUACUGGGUACCUUGUGGUUCUAUAGAGUACAGUACUGAUUAUAUAUACUGGGUACCUUGUGGUUCUAUAGAGUACAGUACUGAUUAUAUAUACUGGGUACCUUGUGGUUCUAUAGAGUACAGUACUGAUUAUAUAUACUGGGUACCUUGUGGUUCUAUAGAGUACAGUACUGAUUAUAUAUACUGGGUACCUUGUGGUUCUAUAGAGUACAGUACUGAUUAUAUAUAUACUGGGUACCUUGUGGUUCUAUAGAGUACAGUACUGAUUAUAUAUACUGGGUACCUUGUGGUUCUAUAGAGUACAGUACUGAUUAUAUAUAUACUGGGUACCUUGUGGUUCUAUAGAGUACAGUACUGAUUAUAAAUACUGGGUACCUUGUGGUUCUAUAGAGUACAGUACUGAUUAUAUAUACUGUGUACCUUGUGGUUCUAUAGAGUACAGUACUGAUUAUAUAUACUGGGUACCUUGUGGUUCUAUAGAGUACAGUACUAAUUAUAUAUACUGGGUACCUUGUGGUUCUAUAGAGUACAGUACUGAUUAUAUAUAUACAGUGAGGGAAAAAAGUAUUUGAUCCCCUGCUGAUUUUGUACGUUUGCCCACUGACAAAGAAAUGAUCCGUUUAUAAUUUUAAUGGUAGGUUUAUUUGAACAGUGAGAGACAGAAUAACAACCAAAAUAUCCAGAAAAACGCAUGUCAAAAAUGUUAUAAAUUGAUUUGCAUUUUAAUGAGGGAAAUAAGUAUUUGACCCCUCUGCAAAACAUGACUUAGUACAUGGUGGCAAAACCCUUGUUGGCAAUCACAGAAGUCAGACGUUUCUUGUAGUUGGCCACCAGGUUUGCACACAUCUCAGGAGGGAUUUUGUCCCACUCCUCUUUGCAGAUCUUCUCCAAGUCAUUAAGGUUUCGAGGCUGACGUUUGGCAACUCGAACCUUCAGCUCCCUCCACAGAUUUUCUAUGGGAUUAAGGUCUGGAGACUGGCUAGGCCACUCCAGGACCUUAAUGUGCUUCUUCUUGAGCCACUCCUUUGUUGCCUUGGCCGUGUGUUUUGGGUCAUUGUCAUGCUGGAAUACCCAUCAACGACCCAUUUUCAAUGCCCUGGCUGAGGGAAGGAGGUUCUCACCCAUGAUUUGACGGUACAUGGCCCCGUCCAUCGUCCCUUUGAUGCGGUGAAGUUGUCCUGUCCCCUUAGCAGAAAAAUACCCCCAAAGCAUAAUGUUUCCACCUCCAUGUUUGACGGUGGGGAUGGCGUUCUUGGGGUCAUGGGCAGCAUUCCUCCUCCUCCAAACACGGCGAGUUGAGUUGAUACCAAAGAGCUCCAUUUUGGUCUCAUCUGACCACAACACUUUCACCCAGUUCUCCUCUGAAUCAUUCAGAUGUUCAUUGGCAAACUUCAGAUGGGCAUGUAUAUGUGCUUUCUUGAGCAGGGGGACUUUGCGGGCGCUGCAGGAUUUCAGUCCUUCUCGGCGUAGUGUGUUACCAAUUGUUUUCUUGGUGACUAUGGUCCCAGCUGCCUUGAGAUCAUUGACAAGAUCCUCCCGUGUAGUUCUGGGCUGAUUCCUCACCGUUCUCAUGAUCAUUGCAACUCCACAAGGUGAGAUCUUGCAUGGAGCCCUAGGCCGAGGGAGAUUGACAGUUAUUUUGUGUUUCUUCCAUUUGCGAAUAAUCGCACCAACUGUUGUCACCUUCUCACCAAGCUGCUUGGCGAUGGUCUUGUAGCCCAUUCCAGCCUUGUGUAGGUUUACAAUCUUGUCCCUGACAUCCUUGGAGAGCUCUUUGGUCUUGGCCAUGGUGGAGAGUUUGGAAUCUGAUUGAUUGAUUGCUUCUGUGGACAGGUGUCUUUUAUACAGGUAACAAACUGAGAUUAGGAGCACUCCCUUUAAGAGUGUGCUCCUAAUCUCAGCUCGUUACCUGUAUAAAAGACACCUGGGAGCCAGAAAUCUUUCUGAUUGAGAGGGGGUCAAAUACUUAUUUCCCUCAUUAAAAUGCAAAUCAAUUUAUAAAAAUUUUUACAUGCGUUUUUCUGGAUUUUUUUGUUGUUAUUCUGUCACUCACUGUUCAAAUAAACCUACCAUUAAAAUUAUAGACUGAUCAUUUCUUUGUCAGUGGGCAAACGUACAAAAUCAGCAGGGGAUCAAAUACUUUUUUCCCUCACUGUAUAUACUGGGUACCUUGUGGUUCUAUAGAGUACAGUACUGAUUAUAUAUACUGGGCACCUUGUGGUUCUAUAGAGUACAGUACUGAUUAUAUAUACUGGCUACCUUGUGGUUCUAUAGAGUACAGUACUGAUUAUAUAUACUGUGUACCUUGUGGUUCUAUAGAGUACAGUACUGAUUAUAUAUACUGGGUACCUUGUGGUUCUAUAGAGUACAGUACUGAUUAUAUAUACUGGGUACCUUGUGGUUCUAUAGAGUACAGUACUGAUUAUAUAUACUGUACCUUGUGGUUCUAUAGAGUACAUUAAUGAUGAUAUGCUGUGUACCUUGUGGUUCUAUAGAGUACAGUACUGAUGAUAUAUACUGGGUACCUUGUGGUUCUAUAGAAUACAGUACUGAUGAUAUAUACUGUAUACCUUGUGGUUCUCUAGAGUACACUGAUGAGGAGGUCCACAUCCCCAAACACUCAUCAGUGAUCGUCAGACGCACCCCCAUCGGAGGGGUCAAACCCGCGGGCAGAACGUUCAUUGUGUACGUAGCUAUGACUUCAUGACCCUGUAUUAUUAUAUACGUGAUAUGAGUUUGGUGGUAGCCCCGAUCUCCUGUUGACGCCUGUAAACUCCACACAUCAACACACUAGUAUCCAGUCAAAUCAGCUAAAAUAUUUAUAUUUUAAAGUUGUCUACGCCACGUUUAUGGUUGUUAUUGACAUGUUUUUUUUUCCUGUUUGUGUUUGUAGUGACCGUUCUGACAUGGCUGCCGGAUCCUCCAGACCCGUAUGUAACAAGCACUCUUCCAUUUCCUUACUACCUCUGUCCUCUCUCUCUAUAAACUCUGCUCUGAUUGGUUAAACAUACUGUAAAAAAACGCUGUUCUGUUUGGUUAAGAGUUAACCCGGGUCACCAGGAAGUGAAAUCUUUUUAACUCUUUGAGUUGUUACGGUGAUAAUAUUCCAUGUUUUGGUGUUUUUAAACUGCUACUGCUGUUCCCUGUGUGUAUCUCACUGUGUUUUAAUCCAGCAGUGUUUUUAAAUGUGUUCAAUGUGUUGAUGGAUCUGAGCUGUUUGACUGUGUCUAUUUUAUAUCUGACUGUAUUUCAUAUUGAAACCGACGGUUAGUGUGGUGUUGUAGCCUGCGACUGUACAGCCUCCCCUCUCUCUGUGUGUUGGGAAAAUGCUUCAUGGUCCCUACAGGCAUGAUGAUGGGAUUAUUACUGAUUUUAUUGGUUAUUUAUUUCAAAUGAAUGGAAAUUCUGCUUUUUCUUUCACAUGGUGUUAUAGCAAUGAGUUUGUGACGUAUUGACUGUAAGACUCUAAUGCAUUGAUUUUAUGGAUACCUGUGUGUGUGUGUGACUGUGACUGUGUGUGUGUGUGACUGUGUGUGUGUGUGACUGUGUGUGUGUGUGUGUGUGUGGGGGGGGUUAAAUCAGUCAAUAUUUUGGUGCCUGCUCAACAGUGUUCUGAACCGAAGGUUAAUUGCUGAUAUUUCCCUGUCCUAAUGCUGUUCUCCAUUUUAUUCUGACAUUAAUAUGGACUGGACAUAGUUGAUCCUUUGUUCUCUCAACAACGUUUUUUUUACUACAAACUACUUAGAAAUGCAAUGCAUUUUGUCUACUUUGCAAGAAUUUUUUAUUCUUAAUUUUUAACUUAAAGGUAAACUAGGUGUAAUGUAUAUACUAUGAUGACACUAUACUGAAUCCACGACCAUGUUUGGUACAGAGUAAAAAAUAAAUAAAAAUAAAAUACAAACAUUGCAAUGAUGAUAAUAGCAUUACGACAUCAGAGACUAUUACGACAUCAUUGAAAUGAUCUAUUAUGACAUCACAGGGUUCUAACCGGGCUGACUGUAUGGCAUGGUAGGUAACCCGUGGCGACAGGGUUGUGUUUGGUUGCUGCUGUACGCUGCAGAUCUGUCAAUAAAGAGGUCAUGUGUUCUGUUGUGAGCACGUUGCACCACCACACCAGACCCUGUGUCUUCCCUUCACAGUGACCUCUGAGCCUCCCAACCUACCAGCCUCCUGCUACGACGAUGAAGACUUUAUCGCUUACUAAACCAGACCUCUCUGCACUCCCUCUCCCCCCCCCCCCCCCGUUCGUCCCUUGACUAGUGUUUACUACUAUUGUGGAAUGGUUAUUGUAGUGAAAAGUAUUGUUAAAAGAAAUACCUUUUAUUAUACUGUUUUUUGAAGUGUUUUACAUAAUACGCUAGAUAGAUACUCCAAAGCGGACCCCCAGCUCCUCACUCCAUGCACUCCUGUAGAUGAUGAGGACUAGUGAAGGCAACAUGGUGAAACUUCUGCCCAGUGAAGUUAACUGUUACCAUAUGGCUACAUGCAGUGGAUAGGUAGUAGGAGCUUGGGAUAACUGGUGGAAUGUGAGCUAAUCUGUUACCUAGAUCAGCCUAGCUCUGGAUUUAAUCCCGUUAGCCCCGUAGUCUGUUACCUAGACCAGCCUAGCUCUGGAUUUAAUCCUGUUAGCCCCGUAGUCUGUUACCUAGACCAGCCUAGCUCUGGAUUUAAUCCUGUUAGCCCCGUAGUCUGUUACCUAGACCAGCCUAGCUCUGGAUUUAAUCCUGUUAGCCCCUUAGUCUGUUACCUAGACCAGCCUAGCUCUGGAUUUAAUCCUGUUAGCCCCGUAGUCUGUUACCUAGACCAGCCUAGCUUUGGAUUUAAUCCUGUUAGCCCGUAGUAUGUUACCUAGACCAGCCUAGCUCUGGAUUUAAUCCUGUUAGCCCGUAGUCUGUUACCUAGACCAGCCUAGCUCUGGAUUUAAUCCUGUUAGCCCGUAGUCUGUUACCUAGAGCAGCCUAGCUCUGGAUUUAAUCCCGUUAGCCCUUGUAGUCUGUUACCUAGACCAGCCUAGCUCUGGGUUUAAUCCCGUUAGCCCGUAGUCUGUUACCUAGACCAGCCUAGCUCUGGGUUUAAUCCUGUUAGCCCGUAGUCUGUUACCUAGACCAGCCUAGCUCUGGAUUUAAUCCCGUUAGCCCGUAGUCUGUUACCUAGAUCAGCCUAGCUCUGGAUUUAAUCCUGUUAGCCCGUAGUCUGUUACCUAGACCAGCCUAGCUCUGGGUUUAAUCCCGUUAGCCCGUAGUCUGUUACCUAGACCAGCCUAGCUCUGGAUUUAAUCCCGUUAGCCCGUAGUCUGUUACCUAGACCAGCCUAGCUCUGGAUUUAAUCCCGUUAGCCCGUAGUCUGUUACCUAGACCAGCCUAGCUCUGGAUUUAAUCCUGUUAGCCCGUAGUCUGUUACCUAGAGCAGCCUAGCUCUGGAUUUAAUCCCGUUAGCCCUUGUAGUCUGUUACCUAGACCAGCCUAGCUCUGGGUUUAAUCCCGUUAGCCCGUAGUCUGUUACCUAGACCAGCCUAGCUCUGGGUUUAAUCCUGUUAGCCCGUAGUCUGUUACCUAGACCAGCCUAGCUCUGGAUUUAAUCCCGUUAGCCCGUAGUCUGUUACCUAGAUCAGCCUAGCUCUGGAUUUAAUCCUGUUAGCCCGUAGUCUGUUACCUAGACCAGCCUAGCUCUGGUUUUAAUCCUGUUAGCCCGUAGUCUGUUACCUAGACCAGCCUAGCUCUGGAUUUAAUCCCGUUAGCCCGUAGUCUGUUACCUAGACCAGCCUAGCUCUGGAUUUAAUCCCGUUAGCCCGUAGUCUGUUACCUAGACCAGCCUAGCUCUGGAUUUAAUCCCGUUAGCCCGUAGUCUGUUACCUAGACCAGCCUAGCUCUGGAUUUAAUCCCGUUAGCCCGUAGUCUGUUACCUAGACCAGCCUAGCUCUGGAUUUAAUCCCGUUAGCCCGUAGUCUGUUACCUAGACCAGCCUAGCUCUGGAUUUAAUCCCGUUAGCCCGUAGUCUGUUACCUAGACCAGCCUAGCUCUGGAUUUAAUCCCGUUAGCCCGUAGUCUGUUACCUAGACCAGCCUAGCUCUGGAUUUAAUCCCGUUAGCCCGUAGUCUGUUACCUAGACCACCUAGCUCUGGAUUUAAUCCCGUUAGCCCGUAGUCUGUUACCUAGACCAGCCUAGCUCUGGAUUUAAUCCCGUUAGCCCCGUAGUCUGUUACCUAGACCAGCCUAGCUCUGGAUUUAAUCCCGUUAGCCCCGUAGUCUGUUACCUAGACCAGCCUAGCUCUGGAUUUAAUCCCGUUAGCCCCGUAGUCUGUUACCUAGACCAGCCUAGCUCUGGAUUUAAUCCCGUUAGCCCGUAGUCUGUUACCUAGACCAGCCUAGCUCUGGAUUAAUCCCGUAGCCCGUAGUCUGUUACCUAGACCAGCCUAGCUCUGGAUUUAAUCCCGUUAGCCCGUAGUCUGUUACCUAGACCAGCCUAGCUCUGGAUUUAAUCCCGUAGCCCGUAGUCUGUUACCUAGACCAGCCUAGCACUGGAUUUAAUCCCGUUAGCCCGUAGUCUGUUACCUAGAUCAGCCUAGCUCUGGAUUUAAUCCUGUUAGCCCGUAGUCUGUUACCUAGACCAGCCUAGCUCUGGAUUUAAUCCGUUAGCCGUAGUUUGUUACCUAGAUCAGCCUAGCUCUGGAUUUAAUCCCGUUAGCCCAUAGUCUGUUACCUAGGACCAGCCUAGCUCUGGAUUUAAUCCCGUUAGCCCGUAGUCUGUUACCUAGACCAGCCUAGCUCUGGAUUUAAUCCCGUUAGCCCGUAGUCUGUUACCUAGACCAGCCUAGCUCUGGAUUUAAUCCUGUUAGCCCGUAGUCUGUUACCUAGACCAGCCUAGCUCUGGAUUUAAUCAUGUUAGCCCAUAGUCUGUUACCUAGACCAGCCUAGCUCUGGAUUUAAUCCCGUUAGCCCGUAGUCUGUUACCUAGACCAGCCUAGCUCUGGAUUUAAUCCCGUUAGCCCGUAGUCUGUUGCCUAGACCAGCCUAGCUCUGGAUUUAAUCCCGUUAGCCCGUAGUCUGUUACCUAGACCAGCCUAGCUCUGGAUUUAAUCCUGUUAGCUAGCCAGGUGUAGCUAGCCAGGCUGUAAUACCAACUACUACUACAGGUGUAGCUAGCCAGGCUGUAAUACCAACUACUACUACAGGUGUAGCUAGCCAGGCUGUAAAACCAACUACUACUACAGGUGUAGCUAGCCAGGCUGUAAAACCAACUACUACUACAGGUGUAGCUAGCCAGGCUGUAAUACCAACUACUACUACUACAGGUGUAGCUAGCCAGGCUGUAAAACCUACUACUACUACAGGUGUAGCUAGCCAGGCUGUAAAACCAACUACUACUACAGGUGUAGCUAGCCAGGCUGUAAUACCAACUACUACUACUACAGGUGUAGCUAGCCAGGCUGUAAUACCAACUACAACUACUACAGGUGUAGCUAGCCAGGCUGUAAUACCAACUACUACUACAGGUGUAGCUAGCCAGGCUGUAAUACCAACUACUACUGCUGGUGUAGCUAGCCAGGCUGUAAUACCUACUACUACUACUGCUGGUGUAGCUAGCCAGGCUGUAAUACCAACUACAACUACUACAGGUGUAGCUAGCCAGGCUGUAAUACCAACUACUACUGCUGGUGUAGCUAGCCAGGCUGUAAUACCAACUACUACUACAGGUGUAGCUAGCCAGGCUGUAAUACCAACUACUACUAUAGGUGUAGCUAGCCAGGCUGUAGGACCAACUACUACUACAGGUGUAGCUAGCCAGGCUGUAAUACCAACUACUACUACAGGUGUAGCUAGCCAGGCUGUAAUACCAACUACUACUACAGGUGUAGCUAGCCAGGCUGUAAAACCAACUACUACUACAGGUGUAGCUAGCCAGGCUGUAAUACCAACUACUACUACAGGUGUAGCUAGCCAGGCUGUAGGACCAACUACUACUACAGGUGUAGCUAGCCAGUCUGUAAUACCAACUACUACUGUAGGUGUAGCUAGCCAGGCUGUAAUACCAACUACUACUACAGGUGUAGCUAACCAGGCUGUAAUACCAACUACUACUGCUGGUGUAGCUAGCCAGGCUGUAAUACCAACUACGACUACUACAGGUGUAGCUAGCCAGGCUGUAAUACCAACUACGACUACUACAGGUGUAGCCAGCCAGGCUGUAAUACCAACUACUACUACAGGUGUAGCUAGCCAGGCUGUAAUACCAACUACUACUACAGGUGUAGCUAGCCAGGCUGUAAUACCAACUACUACUACAGGUGUAACUAGCCAGGCUGUAAUACCAGCUACUACUACAGGUGUAGCUAGCCAGGCUGUAAUACCAACUACUACUACAGGUGUAGCUAGCCAGGCUGUUGGACCAACUACUACUACAGGUGUAGCUAGCCAGUCUGUAAUACCAACUACUACUGUAGGUGUAGCUAGCCAGGCUGUAAUACCAACUACUACUACAGGUGUAGCUAACCAGGCUGUAAUACCAACUACUACUGCUGGUGUAGCUAGCCAGGCUGUAAUACCAACUAUGACUACUACAGGUGUAGCUAGCCAGGCUGUAAUACCAAGUACGACUACUACAGGUGUAGCCAGCCAGGCUGUAAUACCAACUACUACUACAGGUGUAGCUAGCCAGGCUGUAAUACCAACUACUACUACAGGUGUAGCUAGCCAGGCUGUAAUACCUACUACUACUACUGCUGGUGUAGCUAGCCAAGCUGUAAUACCAACUACGACUACUACAGGUGUAGCCAGCCAGGCUGUAAUACCAACUACUACUACAGGUGUAGCUAGCCAGGCUGUAAUACCAACUACUAUUAUAGGUGUAGCUAGCCAGGCUGUAAUACCAACUACUACUACAGGUGUAGCUAGCCAGGCUGUAAUACCAACUACUACUACAGGUGUAGCUAGCCAGGCUGUAAUACCAACUACUACUACAGGUGUAGCUAGCCAGGCUGUAAAACCAACUACUACUACAGGUGUAGCUAGCCAGGCUGUAAAACCAACUACUACUACAGGUGUAGCUAGCCAGGCUGUAAUACCAACUACUACUACAGGUGUAGCUAGCCAGGCUGUAAUACCAACUACUACUACAGGUGUAGCUAGCCAGGCUGUAAAACCAACUACUACUACAGGUGUAGCUAGCAGGCUGUAAAACCAACUACUACUACAGGUGUAGCUAGCCAGGCUGUAAUACCAACUACUACUACAGGUGUAGCUAGCCAGGCUGUAAUACCAACUACUACUACAGGUGUAGCUAGCCAGGCUGUAAUACCAACUACUACUACAGGUGUAGCUAGCCAGGCUGUAAUACCAACUACUACUACAGGUGUAGCUAGCCAGGCUGUAAUACCAACUACUACUACAGGUGUAGCUAGCCAGGCUGUAAAACCAACUACUACUACAGGUGUAGCUAGCCAGGCUGUAAAACCAACUACUACUACAGGUGUAGCUAGCCAGGCUGUAAUACCAACUACUACUACAGGUGUAGCUAGCCAGGCUGUAAUACCAACUACUACUACAGGUGUAGCUAGCCAGGCUGUAAAACCAACUACUACUACAGGUGUAGCUAGCCAGGCUGUAAAACCAACUACUACUACAGGUGUAGCUAGCCAGGCUGUAAUACCAACUACUACUACAGGUGUAGCUAGCCAGGCUGUAAUACCAACUACUACUACAGGUGUAGCUAGCCAGGCUGUAAUACCAACUACUACUACAGGUGUAGCUAGCCAGGCUGUAAUACCAACUACUACUACUACAGGUGUAGCUAGCCAGGCUGUAAUACCAACUACUACUACAGGUGUAGCUAGCCAGGCUGUAAUACCAACUACUACUACAGGUGUAGCUAGCCAGGCUGUAAAACCAACUACUACUACAGGUGUAGCUAGCCAGGCUGUAAUACCAACUACUACUACAGGUGUAGCUAGCCAGGCUGUAGUACCAACUACUACUACAGGUGUAGCUAGCGAGGCUGUAGUCCCAUCUACUACUGCUGUAGUACUAGUUUAGCUAGUUACCCCGCCCCCGUCCCUAAGCAUCAGUUCCCGUGUGAAUCUCUGUGUUGGUCAUCCUCCUCACAUCGUAUUGGAGGAGAAGGACGGUGAGGAAUUGCUCUGGCUCUGCUGCGUUUGUUACAAGGCGUUCCGGGGGGGUGAGGUUUCCCCUGGGUACAUAUCUAGGAUCAGCUUCCCUGCCACCAAUCCUUACCAUAACCAUUAGAGUGGAAAUGCAGACCUGACCCCCCAGAUCAGCGUCUAGGGGAAACUUCACCCCUACACCAUGGUCUUCCUGCGCCCUGAUGGUCUUCUGGUCAGAACCCAAACACUGGUGUAUCUUGUCCACACUGUAGUGGUUAUAUGAAUUGACUUGGAUGUAUAUGAUCUGCUCCUCUGGCUGUGGAAUGGGUGAUGGAUCAACUGUAUGUCCUUGAUUCCUCACCUCUCUCCUGCCUCCCCAAAAGACAGGUGGAUGGUAUCUUCUGGUCACGAUGUGUCUCUUUAAGGGGAGAGGAAGCGAUGCCAAUAUAUAAUGUAGAUUGAGCCGGUGUCUGCUCCCAGGCAGACGGGUGGUGAUUUCCACCUUGACUGUUCUGUUCUUUAUGUUGCUCUUCUCCUUCAGACCGACUCUUCACCGUCCGUGUCUCUGGCCCAGCUCUCUAAGGUACUCUCUCUCUCUCUAUAUAUAUCUCUCUCUCUCUGUCUCUCUCUCUGUCUCUCUGUCUCUCUCUCUCUCUAUAUCUCUUUCUCUGUCUGUCUUGGGGGGGGGGGGCUUUGGGAAUCACGUUGGGGUGAAUUUCAUUUCAACUCAUUAAUUCGGGGCAUGAAUUAAAAUGUAUGAAUUGAUUAUAUCACCCCUCCUCUCUUCUCCUCCUUCCUCCUCUUCUCCUCCUCCCUCCUCUUCUCUUUCCCCCCUCCUCCUCUUCCCCUCCUCUUCCCCUCCCCACUCCUCUUCUUCUCCUCCUCCUCCCUCCUCCUCCUCCCUCCUCUUCCCCUCCUCCCUCCUCCUCCCCCUUCUUUUCCCCUCCUCCCUCCUCUUCUUCUCCUCCCUCCUCUUCCCCUCCUCCCUCCUCCUCCUCCUUCUCUUCCCCUCCUCCCUCCUCUUCCCCUCCUCCCUCCCCUCCUCCCUCCCUAACUCCACUCCUCCAUCCCUUUCUUCUCUCUCCUCCUCCUCCUCAUCCCCCUCUCCUCUCCCAGACUGCCAACCUAGCGGAGGCCAACGCAUCAGAGGAUGACAAGAUCAGAGCCAUGAUGUCACAGUCCAACAGCGAAUAUGACCCCAUACAGUGAGUUGAACACACACACACACUGGGGGUUGGGCGGUAUCCAGAUGGUCAUACCGUCACACCGUCCUUCUCAUCCCGGGAUUGAUGGUAUUAACAGCACUUCCAGUUGACCGGGGCAGCUCUAGCAGGGCAGAAAUUUGACGAACUGACUUUGUUGGAAAAGGUGGCAUCCUAUGACGGUGCCACGUUGAAAGACACUGAGCUCUUCAGUACGGGCCAUUCUCUACUGUCAAUGUUUUGUCUAUGGAGAUUGCAUGGCUGUGUGCUCGGUUUUAUACACCUGUCAGCAACAGGUGUGGCUGAAACAGCCGAAUCCACUAAUUUGAAGGGGUGUCCACAUACUUUUGUUUAUAUAUAGUGUAGGUAGGAGCUACCGAAUGUCAUUUUUGGUAAGUUUGGACAUUUACAAUCGAAUGUGAACGAGAGGCAUUGUGCAAAUGAACAAAGUUUUGAUGCAUCUCGUCUGAAGGAAGAACAGCACUGGCUCUGGAGCAGCAUGUGGACAAGCUGUGUCUGUUUGGAGUCUGGAGUCGCUACAAUCAACUGCCCGAUUAACUCUACGCGAAGGAGAUGUGUCGCGCUGCAUGGGGAAAAUGGUGGUCACACCAGAUAUGUGAUGUCUUCACUAUUAUUCUACAAUGUAGAAAAUAGUAAAAAUUAAGAAAAACCCUUGAAUGAGUAGGUGUUCUAAAACUUUUGACUGGUAGUGUAUUAGUGAGUCACAUAUGAAGAACCAUCUAAAGACAUUUAUGAGUGAGUCACACAUGAAGAACCAUCUAAAGAUCAUUAUAUGAGUGAGUCACAUGAAGAACCAUCUAAAGACAUUAUGAGUGAGUCACAUGAAGAACCAUCUAAAGACAUUAUGAGUGAGUCACCAUGAAGAACCAUCUAAAGACAUAUUAUAUGAAGAACCAUCAAGACAUAUGAGUGAGUCACAUAAAACAUCUAAGACAUAUGAGUGAGUCACAUGAAGAACCAUCUAAAGACAUAUUAUAUGAGGAACCAUCUAAAGACAUAUUAUAUGAGUGAGUCACAUGAAGAACCAUCUAAAGACAUAUUAUAUGAGUGAGUCACAUGAAGAACCAUCUAAAGACAUAUUAUAUGAAGAACCAUCUAAAGACAUUAAUGAGUGAGUCACAUGAAGAACCAUCUAAAGACUAUUUAUGAUAGUGAGUCACAUGAAGAACCAUCUAAAGACAUAUUUAUGAGAUUAAAGCUAAUAUGAAGAACCAUCUAAAGACAUAUUAUAUGAGUGAAUCACAUAAGAGAGCACAUAAAGACCAUAUUAUAUGAAUAGCAAUGAAGAACCAUCUAAAGACAUUAUGAGUGAGUCACACAUGAAGAACCAUCUAAAGACAUAUUAUAUGAAGAACAUUAAGACAAAUAUGAAACCAUUAAAGACAUUUAUAGAAGAACCAUCUAAAGACAUGAGUGAUCAAAUGAAGACCAUCUAGAGACAUUGAUGUCUAAGAACCAUUAAAGACAUUUAUAUGAAGAAAAAAACAAAGAAUGGUCACUCUGAAGAACCAUUAAACAUUUAUGAGCUGAUAUGAAGAUGGUCCAUCUAAGCAUUAAUGAAGACCUAAAGAAUUAUAGUCGAGUCAAUGAAGAACAUCUGUUAUAUGAUCAUCUGAAGAACCUCUAAGAUAUGGUGAGUUACCAAGCCAUUAAGCACUGAAUGCUAAAACACAAAACAAAAACACAUGCAGAACAUCUUAAAGACUUGUAAUUAUGUUGUCAGUGAUGAACACAAGAAUUUUGAUGAGUACAUAAACCAUUCUAAAGUUAUAUGAUGAGUCCUGAAGAUCCAUAUAUAUGGCUAAAACAUUAUGUGUCAUAUCCAUCUAAAGUCUGUGUAUAAACAUGAAAUCGUCUAACAUUAGACGUUGGCCUUAAGGUUCAAUCUGCAUAAAGAGCUAAAAAAACAGCCAGAUAAAUCUGUCAUCUCCUUAUAUGGGUUAGAAAAAAAAUCACUACAAAACCAUUCUGGUCUAGAUUAAUAGUCACUGUUCGUUGUUCAGUGAUGACAGGAAUCUGUCUGAUCAUAAUACAUUUCCUAAUGUAUUUGAUGAUUUAUGUUCUGAGUCUAUUUUGGUAAAAAUUGUGUUAUUCUAUCAAGUCUUGUUAAACUGAACACGUCAGAUUGACGUUUCAGAGCCAUUAGGUUCCAUCUGCUAAAAACAAAAAAACAACAUGUCUCAUGAUUUUGAUACUUUGUACUUUAGGUGAGGACCUUUUUUUUAAUGGGUUAUGAAAAAAUAAUUCACUACAAAACCAUUCUGAGAUCUGGGAUGUGAAAACUGAUGCUCAAUAAUAUCUCAGAACUAUAUGCUUUGUUCAGCUAGAACCUCGUAGUCCCACGGGUCACUGAACCGUUGUCUAAUUCGUUGAGGCUAACAGGCUAGCCCUUUUCAUUGUUUAGUCUGCAGCGCAUUUUGAUGAUGUCAUAAUUAAUUAAAUUCCUAAAUGCAAGCUUCAUAACUCGAUUUAUCGAUUUCAAGCAUUUGUGACUUCCCAAUAGAGCAGUAUGCUUAUGCUAGUAGUAGUUGUUGUUGCUUGAUGCUCCACUGCCGGUGAGCCUUGCAAAGUACAACGGUUCAUAUUCCUGAUCACCAAACCAAUUUCCCGGAGCUGCGUAUUUAUUUGUCAGUCCUCUCUCCCUAUAAUGGGACGUUUGCGCUGCACCGAUCCCUGUAGCUUUACAGGAAAUCAGCAAUCUGUUCACUAGCUCAGUGGUUCGGAAAUAUUUGGACACGCGACCUCCAUAAAGGAGUGGUUCAAAGCGUGCAACCAAGGACCACCACUAGGCCUAUCUAACUAUCUUUAGACGUAUAGCCAGGACCACCACUAGGCCUAUCUAACUGUCUUUAGACGUAUAGCCAGGACCACCACUAGGCCUAUCUAACUAUCUUUAGACGUAUAGCCAGGACCACCACUAGGCCUAUCUAACUAUCUUUAGACGUAUAGCCAGGACCACCACUAGGCCUAUCUAACUGUCUUUAGACGUAUAGACAGGACCACCACUAGGCCUAUCUAACUGUCUUUAGACGUAUAGCCAGGACCACCACUAGGCCUAUCUAACUAUCUUUAGCCGUAUAGCCAGGACCACCACUAGGCCUAUCUAGCUAUCUUUAGACGUAUAGCCAGGACCACCACUAGGCCUAUCUAACUAUCUUUAGCCGUAUAGCCAGGAUCACCACUGAGGUAGAGAAUUAUAACCCACCCAAAACUAGGCCUAUCUGAAAUAUGAACGUGAUCAAUGAAGUCACCGGGUAGCCUGUUGUUGAGGUGAAGAUGCGUCCGUAGCAGAUUUUGCUAAACUGAAUUUGACGUUGUUAAUAUUAACGUAGGUUAAGCUACUCUGUUUUUUUUGGGCGGGAGAAAAUGUAAAAAAACAAGUGGUUUCUGGUCACUAAUCUGGAUAUGUGCGCCCGCCAUUGCUGAUGACUGACUGGUCAUUGGUCAACAGUCAAGACGUGCAACUUUUUUUGCUUCUGAAGCACAGAGGAGAUGUUUUUUUUUUUUUUAAACAAGAAUUUGGUGCAAUGCCGUAGGCCUAUGUUAGUGACCAGAUCGAAUAUGCAAAGAUUUAAAUAUAAAAUAUGAAUGGUGAGCUGUAGUUAGCCUGUAUAUACACUCACGACCCCAAAACCUUCUCACUGCGGUACUGUAGCUCACCCACCUGUGUUGAUUGACAGUUUGCUGGUCCAAUCAGAGGGCUGAGUGUGCGUUUCACUAGCCAAUCUGUGUGUGCUAUACUGUCUCUGGCUGCGAAAAAGAGUAGCAUAUUUCCCACGGAGACUCCGUGCCACAAAAUGAGUGACAAAACGUUGCAAAAAAAAUAAACCCUGGCCAGAUAAUUUCCAAGUCAUCGAUCUCAGAUCAAAGUAGAGUCCGGGAGUUCUUGAGGCUCCAAGUCGUUUUUAUUUUCUGUCGAGUCUCAAGUCAUCAAAUUUGUGACUCGAGUCAGACUCGAGUCCAAGUCGUGUGACUGGAGUCCGCAUUUAGUAAACUUUAGUAUAAUGUUUAAACUGGGACUCAGCGGCGGCAGGAUUGAGGUCAGAUCUAACAGAUGAGGGUGAUGAAGACGGGUUUGGCUUCAUGCUGUUUCAACGUGGGUCGCUACGGGACCAAAACAAGCCGACGCUUUUAGCCGCACGCGUCAACGCUCUUUAGUUGUUUUUGAAUGGACCCAGUAUUACAGUCUACUGGGUGAUGGUUGACUCUGCCUUCAGUGUGUUUUUGAAUGGACCCAGUAUAACAGUCUACUUGGUGAUGGUUGACUCUGCCUUCAGUGUGUUUUUGAAUGGACCCAGUAUAACAGUCUACUUGGUGAUGGUUGACUCUGCCUUCAGUGUGUUUUUGAAUGGACCCAGUAUAACAGUCCACUGGGUGAUGGUUGACUCUGCCUUCAGUGUGUUUUUGAAUGGACCCAGUAUAACAGUCCACUGGGUGAUGGUUGACUCUGCCUUCAGUGUGUUUUUGAAUGGACCCAGUAUAACAGUCCACUGGGUGAUGGUUGACUCUGCCUUCAGUGUGUUUUUGAAUGGACCCAGUAUAACAGUCCACUGGGUGAUGGUUGACUCUGCCUUCAGUGUGUUUUUGAAUGGACCCAGUAUAACAGUCUACUGGGUGAUGGUUGACUCUGCCUUCAGUGUGUUUUCUGUGUUCCUCCUCAGUUACUCUAAGAAGGCCAUCGGACCCCCUCCUGCACAUUACACCUGCUAUCGCUGUGGCAAGAACGGACACUACAUCAAACACUGCCCCUUGCAGCUGGUACGAAGCUACAUAUACACUACAUAUACACUACAUAUACACUACAUAUACACUACAUAACACUACAUAACACUACAUAUACACUACAUAUACACUACAUAUACACUACAUAUACACUACAUAACACUACAUGCUAUCGCUGUGGCAAGAACGGACACUACAUCAAACACUGCCCCAUGCAGCUGGUACGAAGCUACAUAACACUACAUAUACACUACAUAACACUACACCUGCUAUCGCUGUGGCAAGAACGGACACUACAUCAAACACUGCCCCAUGCAGCUGGUAUGAAGCUACAUAACACUACAUAUACACUACAUAACACUACAUAACACUACAUAUACACUACAUAACACUACAUAUACACUACAUAUACACUACACCUGCUAUCGCUGUGGCAAGAACGGACACUACAUCAAACACUGCCCCAUGCAGCUGGUACGAAGCUACAUAUACACUACAUAACACUACAUAACACUACACCUGCUAUCGCUGUGGCAAAAACGGACACUACAUCAAACACUGCCCCAUGCAGCUGGUACGAAGCUACAUAACACUACAUAUACACUACAUAAACACUCACUAGCCAGUUUAUUAGGUACAACCUUCUAGUACCGGGACGGACCGUCCAUCUGCCUCCAAAACAGCCUGAAUUCUUCGGGGCAUGGAUUCUACAAGUCGGAAACGUUCCACAGGGAUGUCAGUCCGUAGUUGCUGCAGAUUGGAUGGCGGUACACACGGCCACCAGCCUGUACCGUUGACACCAGGCAGGAUGGGUCCAUGGACUCAUGCUGCUUACACCAAAUCCUGACACUGCCAUCAGCAUGACGCAACAGGGACCGGGGGUUAGUCCAACCAGGCGAUGUUUUUUCCUCCGUUCUCGGUAAACCCUGGACGCUAUCGUGCAUAAAAAGCCCAGGAUGGCAGCCGUUUCUGAGAUACCGUCACCUAUGAUCACACCAAAUCAAAUUUUAUUGGCCACAUGCGCCGAAUACAACAGGUGCAGACAUUACAGUCAAAUGGUCCGGGUAGCCAUGAUUGGUUAGAGGGCUAUAAAACGGCAGCCAUCUUCUCCGGCGCCAUUCUUAUCGCCAUUCUUUCCACGCUCAGUCGCUCAGGUCACUCGUUUUGCCCGUUGUAACGUUAGAUCGAAAAGUAACUGGAUGCCUGUCUGCCUGCUUUAUAUAGCGAGCCACAGCCAUGUGACUCACUGUCUAUAGGAGCGAUAAAUAACAUUCUCGAACAGGGUGGUGUACCUAAUAAACUGGCCGGUGAGUGUACACUUCAUAUACACUACACCUGCAAUCGCUGUGGCAAGAACGGACACUACAGCAAACACUGCCCCAUGCAGAUGGUACGAAGCUACAUAACACUACAUAUACGCUACAUAACACUACAUAACACUACAUAUACACUACAUAACACUACACCUGCUAUCGCUGUGGCAAGAACGGACACUACAUCAAACACUGCCCCUUGCAGCUGGUACGAAGCUACAUAUACACUACAUAUACACUACAUAACACUACAUAACACUACAUAUACACUACAUAUACACUACAUAUACACUACAUAACACUACAUGCUAUCGCUGUGGCAAGAACGGACACUACAUCAAACACUGCCCCAUGCAGCUGGUACGAAGCUACAUAACACUACAUAUACACUACAUAACACUACACCUGCUAUCGCUGUGGCAAGAACGGACACUACAUCAAACACUGCCCCAUGCAGCUGGUAUGAAGCUACAUAACACUACAUAUACACUACAUAACACUACAUAACACUACAUAUACACUACAUAACACUACAUAUACACUACAUAUACACUACACCUGCUAUCGCUGUGGCAAGAACGGACACUACAUCAAACACUGCCCCAUGCAGCUGGUACGAAGCUACAUAACACUACAUAUACACUACAUAACACUACAUAACACUACACCUGCUAUCGCUGUGGCAAGAACGGACACUACAUCAAACACUGCCCCAUGCAGCUGGUACGAAGCUACAUAACACUACAUAUACACUACAUAAACACUCACUAGCCAGUUUAUUAGGUACAACCUUCUAGUACCGGGACGGACCGUCCAUCUGCCUCCAAAACAGCCUGAAUUCUUCGGGGCAUGGAUUCUACAAGUCGGAAACGUUCCACAGGGAUGUCAGUCCGUAGUUGCUGCAGAUUGGAUGGCGGUACACACGGCCACCAGCCUGUACCGUUGACACCAGGCAGGAUGGGUCCAUGGACUCAUGCUGCUUACACCAAAUCCUGACACUGCCAUCAGCAUGACGCAACAGGGACCGGGGGUUAGUCCAACCAGGCGAUGUUUUUUCCUCCGUUCUCGGUAAACCCUGGACGCUAUCGUGCAUAAAAAGCCCAGGAUGGCAGCCGUUUCUGAGAGACCGUCACCUAUGAUCACACCAAAUCAAAUGUUAUUGGCCACAUGCGCCGAAUACAACGGGUGCAGACAUUACAGUCAAAUGGUCCGGGUAGCCAUGAUUGGUUAGAGGGCUAUAAAACGGCAGCCAUCUUCUCCGGCGCCAUUCUUUCCACGCUCAGGUCACUCGUUUUGCCCGUUGUAACGUUAGAUCGAAAAGUAACUGGAUGCCUGUCUGCCUGCUUUAUAUAGCGAGCCACGGCCAUGUGACUCACUGUCUAUAGGAGCGAUAAAUUAAAUUCUCGAACAGGGUGGUGUACCUAAUAAACUGGCCGGUGAGUGUACACUUCAUAUACACUACACCUGCUAUCGCUGUGGCAAGAACGGACACUACAGCAAACACUGCCCCAUGCAGAUGGUACGAAGCUACAUAACACUACAUAUACACUACAUAUACACUACAUAUACACUACAUAACACUACAUAUACACUACAUAAUGGAAGUGGAAUUAUGUUUUUUGAAAUUUUAACAAAUUAAUUAAAAAUGUAAAGCUGAAAUGUCUUGACAGUAAGGAUUCAUACUGUGAAGCUACAUAAUUCAAACUAAAAUACUUACCAAUACAUACGUGCAUGGAUUUAACAUUAACAUGCCUAGUGAUUAACACAUACUACUACACCAAACACUACAUAUAUCCCGAGGUCCCUCAUGAACACAUAACACACAAUACCAAGGUUCUAUCCUCGCAAGAAGGCACUUUCGCAAUGGUAACAAUCAAAUAAAAGACUACAUAUCCCUUACAUGGAAGUAUUACCAUGUUCACUUGGAUGGUGUAUCAUACACCAACACUCAAAGAUGUACAAGCGUACUUCAAAUCAGUUGCAAAAAACCGCAUAGGGAAUUCCUGAGCCAAGGGAGUUAAUCUGUUUCAAAUUUGAAAUCUACAUAUACUACAACGAAAUCACUGAAUGAUCGUUAGUCCCGAUUGUGGCAGAAACGGCCCACUCAACCUGCCCAUGGAUGGCAGACCAUACAUAUACACCAACCUACACUACCAUACAUACUAACCAAUCACUGUAAGUGACAUAACCACAUAGUUUUACCUACUUCCGUAAAUGACCUACAUAACAUAAAAACCCAGAUCAACAUACAUAUCUUGAGAUAACCCUACAUGACACUACAACACAUAUAUUGACAUACCCACAAUACCGAUCAACUAACCUCAUAUCACUCAGAAAGCCAUAUGGUAAGGUAUAACUACCAUCUCUACCAUAUACCACUCAGUUAAUCCUUACAUAUGCCAGUUAAUAACUUGAGCAAAGUCUGUACUACUAGCCUCUUAUAUACACCCAUAACAUCAUAGCCCUAAUUACAUUCUCAACAGGUGGAAAACCCUAAAUACCUAAUGACACUAUUAACCUACACAUUAAUCUACCUAAGAUAGACUACAACAACUGCCCUAAUACACUACAUAACAUGACAUAACCUACAUAUACAUACAUAACACUACAUAUACUACAUAUAACACAUAGCCCUACAUAAUACCACUACUAACAUACAUAACCCUACAUAACUACAUAACAUACACAACCCUCAUAUACAUACAUAACCUACAUAUACACUACAUAACCCUACAUAUACACUACAUAACAUGACAUAACCCUACAUAUACACUACAUAUACAUGACAUAACCUACAUAUACACUACAUAACCCUACAUAUACACUACAUAACAUGACAUAACCCUACAUAUACACUACAUAACAUGACAUAACCCUACAUAUACACUACAUAACCCUACAUAUACACUACAUAACAUGACAUAACCCUACAUAUACACUACAAACAUGACAUAACCCUACAUAUACACUACAUAACAGACAUAACCCUACAUAUACACUACAUAACCUGACAUAACACGACAUAACACUGACAAUACCUACAUAUACCUACAUAACAUACAUAACCCUACAUAUACACACAUAAAUACAUAACCCUACAUAUACACUACAUACAUGACAUAACCUACAUAACACAUACACUAACCCUAAUAUACACUACAUAACAUGACAUAACCCUACAUAUACACUACUACCACUUACACUACAAAACAUGCAUACCUUCAUAACUAUACAUGCAAACGUACUAACACACAACCACUACAUAACCCUCAAACAUAUACCUACAUACACUACGUAUAACCUACAUAUACACUACAUAGCCCUACAUAUACACUACAUAACAUGACAUAACCCUACAUAUACACUACGUAACAUUACAUGCUCUGUGUUGUAGGAUAAGAGUGUGGAGGCUCCUAAGCCAGUCAGGACCAGUAAGGGGAUCCCUCAGAGCUUUAUGGUGAAGGCUGAACCAGGAACUAAAGGAGCCAUGUUGACCAGCACUGGAGAAUACGCUAUCCCUGCUAUAGACGCGUAGGUACCACCCAAACACACCAUGUUGACCAGCCCUGGAGAAUACACUAUCCCUGCUAUAGACGAGUAGGUACCACCCAAACACACACCAUGUUGACCAGCCCUGGAGAAUACACUAUCCCUGCUAUAGACGGGUACGUACCACCCACACCAUGUUGACCAGCCCUGGAGAAUACACUAUCCCUGCUAUAGACGGGUACGUACCCACACACACACCAUGUUGACCAGCCCUGGAGAAUACACUAUCCCUGCUAUAGACGGGUACGUACCGCACUUAAUAUAAUGUGUGUAUUCCAGGAGAGUCUAUGUUCUAUGGGGAAGAGGAGGUUAGAAUAAUAUAAUGUGUGUAUUCCAGGGAGGUCUAUGCUCUGGGGGAAGAAGGAGAGUGUAGAUAAUAUAAUGUGUGUAUUCCAGGGAGGUCUAUGUUCUGGGGGAAGAAGGAGAGUGUAGAUAAUAUAAUGUGUGUAUUCCAGGGAGGCCUAUGCUCUGGGGAAGAAGGAGAGUGUAGAUAAUAUAAUGUGUGUAUUCCAGGGAGGUCUAUGUUCCUGGGGAAGAAGGAGGAGUGUAGAUAAUAUAAUGUGUGUAUUCCAGGGAGGUCUAUGCUCUGGGGGAAGAAGGAGAGUGUAGAUAAUAUAAUGUGUGUAUUCCAGGGAGGUCUAUGCUCUGGGGGAAGAAGGAGAGUGUAGAUAAUAUAAUGUGUGUAUUCCAGGGAGGUCUAUGUUCUGGGGGAAGAAGGAGAGUGUAGAUAAUAUAAUGUGUGUAUUCCAGGGAGGUCUAUGCUCCGGGGGAAGAAGGAGAGGUGUAGAUAAUAUAAUGUGUGUAUUCCAGGGAGGUCUAUGUUCUGGGGGAAGAAGGAGAGUGUAGAUAAUAUAAUGUGUGUAUUCUAGGGAGGUCUAUGUUCUGGGGGAAGAAAGAGAGUGUAGAUAAUAUAAUGUGUGUAUUCCAGGGAGGCCUAUGCUCUGGGGGGAAGAAGGAGAGUGUAGAUAAUAUAAUGUGUGUAUUCCAGGGAGGCCUAUGCUCUGGGGGAAGAAGGAGAGUGUAGAUAAUAUAAUGUGUGUAUUCCAGGGAGGCCUAUGCUCCGGGGGAAGAAGGAGAGUGUAGAUAAUAUAAUGUGUGUAUUCCAGGGAGGCCUAUGCUCUGGGGAAGAAAGAGCGCCCCCCCUUUGUUCCACGUGAAGCGUCAUCGUCUGAAGAUGAGGCUGAUCCAAUCCCUGAUGAGCUGCUCUGCCCCAUCUGUAAUUAACUCAUUAUUAUUAUUAUUAUUAUUAUUACAUUUAAUUAUACACUUUGUUUAUUGGUUUGGUUUCAUUUAACUAGGAGAUUUUUUGUUGUUGUCAAAAGACCAGAAAUGACAUCUGAGCAGCGAUUUGUUGUUGAGACGUCUUUUUAAAAACCACUUCCUUGAAUCAUUUGAAUGUUCUGUCUUCUAAAAUGUCUUCCAGGUAAUGACCUGAUGAAUGAUGCUGUGGUCAUACCCUGCUGUGGGAACUCCUACUGCGACGACUGUGAGUUAAUACAGGAGCUUUCUAACUUUUCUUGGCAAACUGGCGACCCAGGGGACCCCGAUCGUAUGUUAGCAUAAAUAUCAUCAGCUGAAAGGUAAAUCAACAUUUUUGAAAUGAAUAGAUUCAUUAUUUUUGACCUUCCCACAGUUCAUUGGAAGAUUUUUUUAAAUUUUAGUCAUUUAGCAGACGCUCUUAACCCUAAUUGCUCCUGUAAAUCGCUCUGGAUUAAGUGCCUUGCUUAAGGGCACAUCGACAGAUUUUUCACCUAGUCGGCUCGGGGAUUAGAACCAGCGACCUUUUCGGUUACUGGCACAACGCUCUUACCCACUAAGCUACCUGCCGUUAGUGUAAACUCUAACUUAGGGUUCUAUUCAGUCCCUAGCGCUGAAGAUCCGCUUCAUAGCGCGAUUGACAAUCAAAGGCAACGUUCCCACGGUCGCGGAGACUGCGUUCACGGUAAACGCUGCAUUUGUCGUCACAAUCAGAAAUGACCUUAACGUUUUUCUGCGGAGACGUAUUGAAUCCGGCCCGUAGGUAUCUUGGCGUCAAAAGAUUCUGCAAUUCAAAAUGGAAAAAAAUGCAUUGAAAUUAGGGCUGUCAAAUGAUUAAAAUUUUUAAUCAAAUUAAUCAGAAUUUUCAGUGGAUUAAUCAUGAUUAAUCACUAUUUGCAAUUACACCUGAAUCCUAACCAUUUUUUUUCUGAAAUGCAUACCAAAAGAUAAAUAACAGGACACAGAUACAUAAUUUUCAUAUUAUGUCUGUUUAUUAACACAGCCAAAUAAUGGUGUUUUAAAUCAAGCUGAAACAUACUACACACCAUAAUAUUUGUCUUUGUAAUGUUCCAUCACUUCCUCUUUGGCAUUCCUCUUAACCAGGAUGUACAAUUUACAGUAUUCAAUUGAACAGAAAGCAAUAAAUGUAGUCAAAUCAUAACAGUGACCUACCACAUUUUUGCACAAUUUGAGUCAUCUGUGGAAAAAAACAUUUUCAAUAAAACUUUUAAAUCAAACCAAAGAACAAUCUUUUACCUUUUCCUCCAUUCUUUAAUCCAGUUGCUCAAAAAUCCAGUUGCUAACUACUAUAACAUGUUGCACUGAAACUGGUCUUUUUGUUUGAACAUCACCUUUCAAAUCUACUGAGCUUCAUCAUCUUUCAGCCAGUUGCUGAGGCAAACUAACUUGUUCACAUUUUCUGAAAGUAAAGCUGACCUUUUCUUGUUCACAAUGUGACCUGCAACUGAGAAAAGUCGUUCACAGGGAACAGUGGUUGCAGGAGUGGCUAGAUAUCAAAUUAUCUGAGGUUGAUUUUGUUAAUUGCCUGCAAACAUUCAGCGUGGUCUGGCGCAAACCACUUGCUGAAUCUGACGGCCCAGCAAACGCAUGUUUGGCGUUGACAUGGUACUUCAAGCUUGAACAGCUCCGGUGAAAUUGAAACUCCUUCUUACAAAUCUUGCAAAUAACCUUGUACUUGUUAACUGUCCAAUCAUCAUUCUUUUUAUAUUUGAAUCCGUCAAUAGGCCCACUUUGCUCACCUUGCUCCAUCUCGCCUCUAGCUCCCAACCACUUUCCUGACCUGAAUAAUUUGUCACACUGCGCAUGCGUGAAAUGCGUUAAAAAAAUUGACGUAAUUAACAGCAAACAACUAAUUAACGUCGUUAACGCGCUAUUUUUGACAGCCCUAAUUGAAAUACAACAUUUUUGCAGUUUUGAAGCUAAUUUCCUGCAAUUCUACACAGUUUGGCAUGGACCUGAGAGAUCAUUUUGCGGUUUUAAAGCUAAUUCCCUGUAAUUCUUUGCAUUUUCCAAUGGCUAAUGCUGUGUUCCUCUGCUCAAACAUUGGAACAAAAUCAAUGGGCAUGUGCUCUGAACACCCAGGUUUUCGAAGGUUCUGUUUUCCCUGACUGUCUAACUUUUAUUGGAUUGUUAGUUCUCAAAGAUGGUUUUAUAAACAAUGUAUAUAGAUCAAUAUAUUUUCUGCAAAUGUAAUUUAAUUUGUCACAUGCUUCGUAGAUAACAGGUGUAGACUAACAGUGAAAUGCUUCCUGAUGGGUCCUUUUCCAACAACGCAGAGUAAAAAUAACAUGGCUAUAUACAGGAAGUACCAGUACUGAGUCAAUGUGUAGGGGUACCAGGUAAUAACAUGGCUAUAUACAGGAAGUACCAGUACUGAGUCAAUGUGUAGGGGUACCAGGUAAUAACAUGGCUAUAUACAGGAAGUACCAGUACUGAGUCAAUGUGUAGGGGUACCAGGUAAUAACAUGGCUAUAUACAGGAAGUACCAGUACUGAGUCAAUGUGUAGGGGUACCAGGUAAUAACAUGGCUAUAUACAGGAAGUACCAGUACUGAGUCAAUGUGUAGGGGUACCAGGUAAUAACAUGGCUAUAUACAGGAAGUACCAGUACUGAGUCAAUGUGUAGGGGUACCAGGUAAUAACAUGGCUAUAUACAGGAAGUACCAGUACUGAGUCAAUGUGUAUGGGUACCAGGUAAUAACAUGGCUAUAUACAGGAAGUACCAGUACUGAGUCAAUGUGUAGGGGUACCAGGUAAUAACAUGGCUAUAUACAGGAAGUACCAGUACUGAGUCGAUGUGCAGGGGUACCAGGUAAUAACAUGGCUAUAUACAGGAAGUACCAGUACUGAGUCAAUGUGUAGGGGUACCAGGUAAUAACAUGGCUAUAUACAGGAAGAAAAACACCUGUUUCACCUGACCUUUAACCUCUGACCUCUGUGUCGAUUACCUUUAACCUCUAGGUAUCAGGACCAAUCUGCUGGACUCAGAGGAACACACCUGUUUCACGUGCAAACAGUCUGACGUCUCACCUGACGCUCUCAUCGCUAACAAGUUCCUACGACAGGUACACACUUACAGAGACAAACCACACACACACACACACAAUCGCACACAGUCAGUCAGUCACUAAAUAAUACACACUAUUGCUUUAUUUAUUCAUUCAAAAUGUCUCCCUCUCUCUCCCCUCUCUCUCUCUCUCUCUCUCUCUCUCUCUCUCUCUCUCUCCCUCUCCCUCUCCCCUCCCUCUCCCCCUCUCCUCUCUCUCUGCCGCUCCUCCCUCCUCUCCCUCUCUCUCUCUCUCUCUCUCCUCUCUCUCUCUCUCUCUCCUCUCCCCUCCCUCUCUCUGCCGCUCUCUCUCUCUCUCUCAGGCAGUGAAUAACUUUAAGAAUGAGUCUGGUUACACCAAACAGCCACGAAACAAAACCCUGCACCAGUCUGCCCCACCCCCAGCACGGCCUCAGCCAUUCAGAACCCUCGGCUCGAGACAGCAGGACCCGCUAUUGGCCAACGCUCGCCAGCAGGACCCGCUAUUGGCCAACGCUCGCCAGCAGGACCCGCUUAUGGCCAACGCUCGCCAGCAGGACCCGCUAUUGGCCAACGCUCGCCAGCAGGACCCGCUGUUGGCCAACGCUCGCCAGCAGGACCCGCUGUUGGCCAACGCUCGCCAGCAAGACCCGCUAUUGGCCAACGCUCGCCAGCAGGACCCGCUAUUGGUUAACACCUCUCGACCCCCAGUCUCCCUCACCCCUCCUUCUGUCACCCUGACACAAGCCCCGCCCAUUCAGACCCCACCGAUUGGACCACCUGAGGUGUCAAUCACUCCUGACCCCGCCCCUGAACCACACCGGGCGGAGCCACAGCACUUGGCCAAACAGAACGAGCCACCGCCGCCGGGGUGAGUUGCCGUGACUACGGACGCCACACAGACACACAUCUCAACUGUUGGUGACUGAUUGAUUAACUGACUGAUUCAUUGGUGUUUUUUUUUUUGUAGUGAGAUGGAAGCGGGGCCUUACAUGAUGUCCGAGCCACCAAUCAGAUCAGCCGACAGCGGACCUCAGGUAAGACACCCUGCUACUAAACUCAGCAAAAAAAGAAACGUCCCUUUUUUCAGGACCCUGUCUUUCAAAGAUAAUUAAUCCAAAUAACUUCACAGAUCUUCAUUGUAAAGGGUUUAAACACUGUUUCCCAUGCUUGUUCAAUGAACCAUAAACAAUUAAUGAACAUGCACCUGUGGAACGGUCGUUAAGACACUAACAGCUUACAGACGGUAGGCAAUUAAGGUCACAGUUAUGAAAACUUAGGACACCAAAGAGGCCUUUCUACUGACUCUGCAAAACACCAAGAGAAAGAUGCCCAGGGUCCCUGCUCAUCUGCGUGAACGUGCCUUAGGCAUGCUGCAAGGAGGCAUGAGGACUGCAGAUGUGGCCAGGGCAAUAAAUUGCAAUGUCCGUACUGUGAGACGCCUAAGACCGCGCUACAGGGAGACAGGACGGACAGCUGAUCGUCCUCACAGUGGCAGACCACGUGUAACAACACCUGCACAGGAUCGGUACAUCCGAACAUCACACCUGCGGGACUGGUACAGGAUGGCAACAACAACUGCCCGAGUUACACCAGGAACGCACAAUCCCUCCAUCAGUGCUCAGUGGUGUGUCACAGCAUCAUCGGACUGAGCUUGCUGUCAUUGCAGGCGAUCUCAACGCUGUGCGUUACAGGGAAGACAUCCUCCUCCCUCAUGUGGUACCCUUCCUGCAGGCUCAUCCUGACAUGACCCUCCAGCGUGACAAUGCCACCAGCCAUACUGCUCGUUCUGUGCGUGAUUUCCUGCAAGACAGGAAUGUCAGUGUUCUGCCAUGGCCAGCGAAGAGCCUUGCAGGUGCCUUGGUGGAAGAGUGGGGUAACAUCUCACAGCAAGAACUGGCCAAUCUGGUGCAGUCCAUGAGGAGGAGAUGCACUGCAGUACUUAAUGCAGCUGGUGGCCACACCAGAUACUGACUGUAACCCCCUUUGUUCAGGGACACAUUAUUCAAUUUCUGUUAGUCACAUGUCUGUGGAACUUGUUCAGUUUAUGUCUCAGUUGUUGAAUCUUGUUAUGUUCAUACAAAAUAUUUACACGUUAAAGUUUGCUGAAAAUAAAUGCAGUUGACAGUGAGAGGACGUUUCUUUUUUUUUUGCUGAGUUUAGUUGUCUUAGAGGCUACAUAAGGCUCUUAUGACCUGUCAUCACCUGUCAUAGCCUCUGUAGAUUCUAAGACGCACUAUAAUAUGUUUUGUUCCCAUUUUUUAAAACCUGUAUCUCAUUUGCAUUUCCUAAAAUGUCCCUGUAUAUUUUCCUGAGCCCUCUCUCUGAUUUGGUUCCUCAGGGCUACCACAUGCCUCUGAUUGGUCACCCUCCGCCCCUAAGGCCCUCCCACCCAUCAGGUCCACCUCCGCAGCCCUCCCAUUCCCACAGAGGAGGACCCAGACCACCCUGGGACAGGUAGCACACUGAUCAAUACAGGACUACUGUAGAAUACAGGACUAUAACAUGUAGUGGUCAACUGAUCAAAACAGGACUACUGUAGAAUACAGGACUAUAACAUGUAGUGGUCAACUGAUCAAAACAGGACUACUGUAGAAUACAGGACUAUAACAUAUAGUGGUCAACUGAUCAAAACAGGACUACUGUAGAAUACAGGACUAUAACAUGUAGUGGUCAACUGAUCAAAACAGGACUACUGUAGAAUACAGGACUAUAACAUGUAGUGGUCAACUGAUCAAAACAGGACUACUGUAGAAUACAGGACUAUAACAUAUAGUGGUCAACUGAUCAAAACAGGACUACUGUAGAAUACUGGACUAUAACAUGUAGUGGUCAACUGAUCAAAACAGGACUACUGUAGAAUACAGGACUAUAACAUAUAGUGGUCAACUGAUCAAAACAGGACUACUGUAGAAUACAGGACUAUAACAUGUAGUGGUCAACUGAUCAAAACAGGACUACUGUAGAAUACAGGACUAUAACAUAUAGUGGUCAACUGAUCAAUACAGGACUACUGUAGAAUACAGGACUAUAACAUGUAGUGGUCACACUGAUCAAAACAGGACUACUGUAGAAUACAGGACUAUAACAUGUAGUGGUCAACUGAUCAAAACAGGACUACUGUAGAAUACAGGACUAUAACAUGUAGUGGUCAACUGAUCAAAACAGGACUACUGUAGAAUACAGGACUAUAACAUGUAGUGGUCAACUGAUCAAAACAGGACUACUGUAGAAUACAGGACUAUAACAUGUAGUGGUCAACUGAUCAAAACAGGACUACUGUAGAAUACAGGACUAUAACAUGUAGUGGUCAACUGAUCAAAACAGGACUACUGUAGAAUACAGGACUAUAACAUAUAGUGGUCACACUGAUCAAAACAGGACUACUGUAGAAUACAGGACUAUAACAUGUAGUGGUCAACUGAUCAAAACAGGACUACUGUAGAAUACAGGACUAUAACAUGUAGUGGUCAACUGAUCAAAACAGGACUACUGUAGAAUACAGGACUAUAACAUGUAGUGGUCAACUGAUCAAAACAGGACUACUGUAGAAUACAGGACUAUAACAUAUAGUGGUCAACUGAUCAAAACAGGACUACUGUAGAAUACAGGACUAUAACAUGUAGUGGUCAACUGAUCAAAACAGGACUACUGUAGAAUACAGGACUAUAACAUGUAGUGGUCAACUGAUCAAAACAGGACUACUGUAGAAUACAGGACUAUAACAUAUAGUGGUCAACUGAUCAAAACAGGACUACUGUAGAAUACAGGACUAUAACAUAUAGUGGUCAACUGAUCAAAACAGGACUACUGUAGAAUACAGGACUAUAACAUGUAGUGGUCAACUGAUCAAAACAGGACUACUGUAGAAUACAGGACUAUAACAUAUACAGUGGGGGAAAAAAGUAUUUAGUCAGCCACCAAUUGUGCAAGUUCUCCCACUUAAAAAGAUGAGGGGCCUGUAAUUUUCAUCAUAGGUACACGUCAACUAUGACAGACAAAUUGAGAUUUUUUUUCUCCAGAAAAUCACAUUGUAGGAUUUUUACUGAAUUUAUUUGCAAAUUAUGGUGGAAAAUAAGUAUUUGGUCACCUACAAACAAGCAGGAUUUCUGGCUCUCACAGACCUGUAACUUCUUCUUUAAGAGGCUCCUCUGUCCUCCACUCGUUACCUGUAUUAAUGGCACCUGUUUGAACUUGUUAUCAGUAUAAAAGACACCUGUCCACAACCUCAAACAGUCACACUCCAAACUCCACUAUGGCCAAGACCAAAGAGCUGUCAAAGGACACCAGAAACAAAAUUGUAGACCUGCACCAGGCUGGGAAGACUGAAUCUGCAAUAGGUAAGCAGCUUGGUUUGAAGAAAUCAACUGUGGGAGCAAUUAUUAGGAAAUGGAAAACAUACAAGACCACUGAUAAUCUCCCUCGAUCUGGGGUUCCACGCAAGAUCUCACCCCGCAGAACCACACGGGGGGACCUAGUGAAUGACCUGCAGAGAGCUGGGACCAAAGUAACAAAGCCUACCAUCAGUAACACACUACGCCACCAGGGACUCAAAUCCUGCAGUGCCAGACGUGUCCUCCUGCUUAAGCCAGUACAUGUCCAGGCCCGUCUGAAGUUUGCUAGAGUGCAUUUGGAUGAUCCAGAAGAGGAUUGGGAGAAUGUCAUAUGGUCAGAUGAAACCAAAAUAGAACUUUUUGGUAAAAACUCAACUCGUCGUGUUUGGAGGACAAAGAAUGCUGAGUUGCAUCCAAAGAACACCAUACCUACUGUGAAGCAUGGGGGUGGAAACAUCAUGCUUUGGGGCUGUUUUUCUGCAAAGGGACCAGGACGACUGAUCCGUGUAAAGGAAAGAAUGAAUGGGGCCAUGUAUCGUGAGAUUUUGAGUGAAAACCUCCUUCCAUCAGCAAGGGCAUUGAAGAUGAAAUGUGGCUGGGUCUUUCAGCAUGACAAUGAUCCCAAACACACCGCCCGGGCAACGAAGGAGUGGCUUCGUAAGAAGCAUUUCAAGGUCCUGGAGUGGCCUAGCCAGUCUCCAGAUCUCAACCCCAUAGAAAAUCUUUGGAGGGAGUUGAAAGUCUGUGUUGCCCAGCGACAGCCCCAAAACAUCACUGCUGUAGAGGAGAUCUGCAUGGAGGAAUGGGCCAAAAUACCAGCAACAGUGUGUGAAAACCUUGUGAAGACUUACAGAAAACGUUUGACCUGUGUCAUUGCCAACAAAGGGUAUAUAACAAAGUAUUGAGAAACUUUUGUUAUUGACCAAAUAUUUAUUUUCCACCAUAAUUUGCAAAUAAAUUCAUAAAAAAUCCUACAAUGUGAUUUUCUGGAUUUUUUUCCCUCAUUUUGUCUGUCAUAGUUGACGUGUACCUAUGAUGAAAAUUACAGGCCUCUCUCAUCUUUUUAAGUGGGAGAACUUGCACAAUUGGUGGCUGACUAAAUACUUUUUUCCCCCACUGUAGUGGUCAACUGAUCAAAACAGGACUAUGCUGUUGUUUUAUAUCACUUUGCAUAAAGAGCUACUAAAUGACUCAAGUCUAAAUUGUUAACCCCUCCUCUCUGUCUCUCACUCUGCCCAGACCCUACAGACCUCUUUCUGACCACGUUCCCCCCCCUCGCCACCCCCCUCCUUCCGCCCCGGGCCCAGCCCCUCCCCUCUACCCCGGCCCUAACCUCUACCACCCACCGCCCCAGUCCUACCCCCCUCCCUACUCCACCGGCCCCCCUCCCCCUGUUAACUACCCCCCCUCCCAGCCCCUCUACCCACCCGGCCAGAUGCCUCCGGGGGUUAAUGCCCCCUGGGUGCCCCCCCCCAACACCCAGCCUCACUCGCUGGGCCCCCCGCCCCUCCUACCCCCCGGACCACCCCUCUCCAAGGAGGACUUCUACAGACAGAGGAGACUCAGACAGGACCAGUGAGUUACACCUGAUUCAUUCAUUGACAUGCUGCUAACCUGAUUCAUUCAUUGACAUGCUGCUAACUUGAUUCAUUCAUUGACAUGGUGCUAACUUGAUUCAUUCAUAGACAUGCUGCUAGCCUGCUAGCUUGAUUCAUUUAUUGACAUGCUGCUAGCCUGCUAGCCUGAUUCAUUAAUUGACAUGCUGCUAGCCUGAUUCAUUCAUUGAUAUGCUGCUAGCCUGAUUCAUUCAUUAACAUGCUGCUAGCCUGAUAGCCUGAUUCAUUCAUUGACAUGCUGCUAGCCUGAUUCAUUCAUAGACACGCUGCUAGCCUGCUAGCCUGAUUCAUUCAUUGACGUGCUGCUAGCCUGAUUCAUUCAUUGACAUGCUGCUAACUUGAUUCAUUCAUAGACAUGCUGCUAGCCUGCUAGCCUGAUUCAUUAAUUGACAUGCUGCUAGCCUGAUUCAUUCAUUGACAUGCUGCUAACUUGAUUCAUUCAUAGACAUGCUGCUAGCCUGCUAGCCUGAUUCAUUUAUUGACAUGCUGCUAGCCUGAUUCAUUCAUUGACAUGCUGCUAGCCUGAUUCAUUCAUUGACAUGCUGCUAGCCUGAUUCAUUCAUUGACAUGCUGCUAGCCUGAUUCAUUCAUUGACAUGCUGCUAACUUGAUUCAUUCAUAGACAUGCUGCUAGCCUGCUAGCCUGAUUCAUUUAUUGACAUGCUGCUAGCUUGAUUCAUUCAUAGACAUGCCGCUAGCCUGAUUCAUUCAUUGACAUGCUGCUAGCCUGAUUCAUUCAUUGACAUGCUGCUAGCCUGCUAGCCUGAUUUCAUUUAUUGACAUGCUGCUAGCUUGAUUCAUUCAUAGACAUGCUGCUAGCCUGCUAGCCUGAUUCAUUCAUUGACAUGCUGCUAGCCUGCUAGCCUGAUUCAUUCAUUGACAUGCUGCUAGCCUGAUUCAUUCAUUGACAUGCUGCUAGCCUGCUAGCCUGAUUCAUUCAUUGACAUGCUGCUAGCCUGCUAGCCUGAGGCUGGUGCUUUCAGACGGGGAUAGUAAACAAUGGCUGCGUUUACACAGACCGCCCAAAUCUGAUAUUUUUCAGAUCCCUACAUCUGAAUUGCUGCCUGUGGAAAAAACGCAGACAAUGUGCCAAACUAGCCCGCCGUCGCAAUGGCACAGAAUGUUACGCAGGCUAGUAGCCCGACCUGGCCAGACCUUCUUAUUAUUAUGGCAUGUGACCAGUCCUGUCUCUCUGUGUGUUACCAGGGUAACGUCCAAGCUGGAUGAGUUCACUAAAGACUUUGCCAAAGAGCUGAUGGAAUACAGACCUGCCCCCAAGAGACUGAGACGAUCCUACUCCAGGUAACACUGAUAGAAUGACAUCUGACGAGACACAGCAGGUUAAACCACUUCAACUUAUUUAUACAGAUAUAUUCUCUGAUAUCUAGGACAGGUUUUAGAAUGAUAUAAAUUGCGUAGGAAUGGCAAUCAGACAUAUCAACUGUUCCUCCCCCCCCCACCCCCCACCCUCCUCCUCCCCAGGUCUCGUUCCUACAGUCGUUCUCCGUUCAGUCGUUCCCCCUACUCCCGAUCCCGUUCUCCCCGCUCUCGCUCCAGGUCUUACUCCUACACCCCCAGCCGCUCCCGUUCUCGCUCCAGGUCUUACGGACGCUCCCCCUUCUCCAGACGCAACGGAGGCCGGGGAGGACGCAGCCGCUCCUACGGCCGCUCGCCGCGCUCCCGCUCACGCUCCCGUUCCUACGGCUACCGCCGCUCCGGCUCUCCACGCUCCCCUCCGCCUUACCGAGGUGGUGGUGGUGGUGGUGGGGGCUGGGAGGGAGGAGACGGAGCUGAAGGAGGAGGGGGGUAUCGGCCCCGGUCUCGCUCCCCGGGGGGCUACAGGAGGAGCAGGAGUCCAGGAGGGGUCAGAGGUCACCAUAAGCCCCCCCCUCGGGAGCCCCCCCCCUACGACCCUAAAGGGGAUCCUGACCUGUCUCCUGGGGGCAGGGAGCGCUGGGAGAGAGAUAGCUACAGACAGUGGGAGAGGGAGUACAGAGACUGGUACAACAAGUACUACAAAGACUACAGUACCCAGCAUGCCUCAGUGCACCACCGUGGUGGCCGGGGCAGCAGAGAGAGGGACCGCCUCACCCCUCCACCCAGAGACUACUCCCCCCAGGGGCGGGUGAGGAGGGGUGAGAGAGGGGGACCUCCAGGACCCCACAGGACUCACUACGCCCCCCCCUCUCUACCCUCCGCCUCCGUCAGGGGGGAUGGAAAUAAGGAGCGCACAAAGGGAGGCGCUAGUAAAGAGCGCACGCUGGGGGGGGGAACCAAAACGUCAGAGGGCGGAAAUAAAACUCUGAAAGCGAAGAAACUGAAGAAGAAGAAGAACGGGGAGGAGCUGGAUUCAGCCAACCAAUCACUGGACAGGGGCGAUGCUACACCCGUCAGGGACGAGCCAAUGGAUGACCUCCACACCCUGACUCCUAGCAAAGCCCCACCCACCUCCACUAAGGUCUCGACCAACAAGGCAGCGCUGCUGUCUGGUAAAACCCCUCCCACCUCGUCCAGCAAGGGCCAACCAGAGAAGAGCAGGAAGGAGAAGGGGGGGAAGGGGAAAGUGAAGACGGAGGGGAAGGUUAAGAGAAAGACAGGAGGAGAGGCGACGAUCACAGCCUCUAAGAACAAAGAGUCUUCAGCCACUAAACCAACCAAAGCAUCUAAGGUCAAACCAGACGAGCCAAUCAAGAGAGAGAAGGGGCGGAGCACCACUACUGUUAGAGGAGGUGUGGCUAAACUCCCCACGCCCCGCACCCUCCCCCCUCACCCCCACGACCUCCCUAAACACCUGGGCGACGCCCGAGGGGGGAGGAGAGAUCCCAUUCAGAGUGUCGGGGUACGACCCCCUGGUCGCCCCCUCCAGCCUGCACCCCCCUCCCCAGCAGAGAAGAGGAGGAGAGUGGAGGAGAGGGAGAGGGAGAGGGAGAGGGGGAUGGACAGGGGGAUGGGGGGCCCCCCAGCUAAGCUCCGCCGUGCCGAGGGUCUGUACCCCCAGAGAGGACUUCCAGCCAAGCCUCCCCUCCUCCUGAACCUGGCAUGCAGAGAGACGGGUAGAGGAGAGGGCCUGCUCCCCAUCCCUGGUACCUCACAGACAGGGAGGCUGGACCGUUUCCAUCCUAUCUCCAUCUCCAUCCCCGGGCCUGGCUCCUCCAUGGACCCAGGGAGAGAGGGGAGAGGCGACGGGCUGCUGCCCACCCCGGGGAGCUCUGAGGCAGGCAGAAGAGAGAGCGACAGGGGGUCUAUCUGGCCUCUCAUGGGUCUGCAGGUGAAACCCUUCCCCCAGAGGAGAAUCAAACUGAACAGAGACCUGGGGAGGAGCAGUAGUACGGUCCGCACGGAGGAGAGACCUGCUACUAAUCUCACCACUACUACCACUGGUACUACUGGAGAGAGACCUGCUAGUCCUGAGAGAGGAGGAGGAGGAGGAGAGAGGGAUGGAGGGACGGAGAGAGUGGAGCGGAGGUCGUCUGGCGAGAGGUCAGAGGUCAGGUCUGUUAGGUCAGAGAGGCCGUCGUCAGGGGAACGUUUGCCGGAGAGGUCGGAGAGAGGAGGAGGAGGAGGAGGAAGGUCAGUCUCUCUGGACCGCAUGACCAUCGCGGAGCGCUCGGCCAUCGCUAAGAAACCUGACGUCGCCAGGGAGAGGACACCGCCCACCGAGAGAGAGAGACCGGCUGAGAGCUCCAAGGAGAGAGAGAGACCAGCAUCAGCCAAGACAGAGAAGUCCUCAUCAUCCAGGGAACAGAAAGGAGAGAAGACCACGUCCUCGUCCUCCGUAGACAGACCUGCCUCUACAGGAGAGAGAGCGCCAGGGACCCAGAGAGAGACCGGAGCUGAAGACAGGGCAGCAGCAGCGGCGGUGGUGAAGGAGGGUUCUGGUUCUGGGAAGAUCAGAAAGAUCAGUAGAAAGAUACUGGCUGACGCUGGUUCUGAGCCCACGGUCCACCACUCAUCAGACCACUCUAUCACUUCAACUGGGUGAGUUACCCUUUCAACCUCUGACCUUCAACACUUCUUUAUUAACCAGUGUUACUACUGAUCAAUCAUCAUUGUGGUUUCAGACCAGACUGUUAGUCGUGAAAUGACUGACCUUAUUCCUUAUAUAGUGCCCUGGUCUAAACUAGUACCCUAUAUAGUGCCCUGGUCUAAACUAGUACCCUAUAUAGUGCCCUGGUCAAAACUAGUACCGUAUAUAGUGCCCUGGUCAAAACUAGUACCCUAUAUAGUGCCCUGGUCAAAACUAGUACCCUAUAUAGUGCCCUGGUCAAAACUAGUACCCUAUAUAGUGCCCUGGUCAAAACUAGUACCCUAUAUAGUGCCCUGGUCUAAACUAGUACCCUAUAUAGUGCCCUGGUCUAAACUAGUACCCUAUAUAGUGCCCUGGUCUAAACUAGUACCCUAUAUAGUGCCCUGGUCUAAACUAGUACCCUAUAUAGUGCCCUGGUCUAAACUAGUACCCUAUAUAGUGCCCUGGUCUAAACUAGUACCCUAUAUAGUGCCCUGGUCUAAACUAGUACCCUAUAUAGUGCCCUGGUCUAAACUAGUACCCUAUAAAGUGCCCUGGUCUAAACGAGUACCCUAUAUAGUGCCCUGGUCAAAACUAGUACCCUAUAUAGUGCCCUGGUCAAAACUAGUACCCUAUAUAGUGCCCUGGUCUAAACUAGUACCCUAUAUAGUGCCCUGGUCUAAACUAGUACCCUAUAUAGUGCCCUGGUCAAAACUAGUACCCUAUAUAGUGCCCUGGUCAAAACUAGUACCCUAUAUAGUGCCCUGGUCUAAACUAGUACCCUAUAUAGUGCCCUGGUCUAAACUAGUACCCUAUAUAGUGCCCUGGUCUAAACUAGUACUCUAUAUAGUGCCCUGGUCAAAACUAGUACCCUAUAUAGUGCCCUGGUCUAAACUAGUACCCUAUAUAGUGCCCUGGUCUAAACUAGUACCCUAUAUAGUGCCCUGGUCUAAACUAGUACCCUAUAUAGUGCCCUGGUCUAAACUAGUACCCUAUAUAGUGCCCUGGUCUAAACUAGUAACCUAUAUAGUGCCCUGGUCUAAACUAGUACCCUAUAUAGUGAAUAGGGUGCCAUUAGGGACGUAGCCCCGUCUCUGUAAAUAUGCCUAGUUGACUCUCUCUCUCCACUCCCUGAUCCUAGAUCUGUGUAUAUAACAUGGUUAUAAUGGUUUCCCAGUUGAUGUCGCUAACCCCUGAUCCUAGAUCUGUGUAUAUAACAUGGUUAUAAUGGUUUCCCAGUUGAUGUCGCUAACCCCUGAUCCUAGAUCUGUGUAUAUAACAUGGUUAUAAUGGUUUCCCAGUUGAUGUCGCUAACACCUGAUCCUGGAUCUGUUAAACAUGGUUAUACUGGUUCUUAGUGGGGUACGAGCGUUGUGCCAGUAACCGAAAGGUCGCUGGUUCUAAUCCCCGAGCCAACUAGGUGAAAAGUCUGUCGAUGUGCCCUUGAGCAAGGCACUUAACCCUAAUGCUCCUGUAGUCGUCUGGAUAAGAGCGUCUGCUAAAUGACAAAAAAAAAAGAAAAAAAAAAAAAAGAAAUGUUCUCUCUAACCCCUGAUCCUGGAUCUGUGUGUUCCAUUAGCAGCAGGGCUGUGGAGGAGAGGUCUGAGCCGGGCCAGAGCCAAGGGUUGCUGUGUCUGUACCCCGGGACCUCCAGACCCAGAGGAGACCCAGUCCCGUCCAGUUCCCCAGCCCAGGCAGGGAGAGGGAGCGUGGGACCGGAGGCGUCCUCAUCCAGCCUCCACCCCGGUCCAAGUGGGAGAGAGAGGAGGAGGAGGAGGAAGAGGAGCAGCAGCGCUCUGGGUCCAGGGAGAACGGGGCGUUGGCGGUUUCCUCCUCCGGGCCCAGAGACGCUCUGAGGGAAGCCUCACCAGUGCCACCUAGAGGCCAAGGCAGGGAGGUGCAGGGUAGUAGCACGAAAACAGCCAAUUCAGAGGGGAAGAGAGGGAAGGAGGAGGGGAAGAGAGGGAAGGAGGAGGGGAAGAGAGGGAAGGAGGAGGGGAAGAGAGGGAAGGAGGAGGGGAAGAGAGGGAAGGAGGAGGGGAAGAGAAGGAGGGAGGAAGCCAGAGGGCUCAAAGAGGGGCAGGUGAACUUUAGUAAACCAGCUAAGACUGACUCCAGAGGGGUGAAGGAGGAGGGAAGAGGAAGGGGAGGGAGGGACGAGAGUCGAGGGGCGGGGCCAGAGCCAAGGCGCCAGCGCCUGUGUUCUGACCUCGGCAGGGAGACGGAUGAGGCGGCCUUCGUCCCCGACUACAGCGAAGGGGAGGGGUCAGACGGAGAGAGGGGCAGUGGCCUGAGCCGUAGCCCCUCCCACAACACGCAGAGCCCCGCCUCCCAGAGCCCCGGCGGCUCCCCUAGCAACCACAGCGGCUCCACGGCAACGGAGAAGAAGAAGAAGAAACACAAGAAACACAAAAAACACAAGAAGCACAAGAAGCAUUCUGCCGACGCUGAGCCUCCCGCCGCAGGAAGGAAGGAGCACAAACACAAGAACAAGAAGAAGAAACACAGGAAGAAUAAAGAGAAGGAGGAAGGAGAAGGGGGGGGAGGGGGGGGAGGAGGGGGAGAGGCAGGGGAGAAGACUGAGCAGGAGUCUGCCACCAUCUGA